AUGUGUCCUGGACUGCCCAUUCCAGUUCCAACGUGCACUGUAGCGAAACUAGCGAUGGGUGAUGCUGUCGUCGGUGUGCACCGAUCUCGCUCCAAAGACGACGAACGAAUCUCGGCAAUACUCGAUCACGCACGCAUUCUUGGUCUACCUGUAAAGCGCCUCACGCACUCGCAACUGGACAAAAUAACUGAUUUUCAGCUGCAUAACGGUAUUUGCCUAGACGCCUCUCCUCUACCUCUGGCUAGAGAUGUCAAUAAUAAUGAGCUUACUUCCAUUUAUCUCGACAACGUUCUUGAUCCUGGUAACCUUGGAGCGAUUGCUAGGAGUGCACUGUUCUUCGGUUGCAACCAAAUCGCAUUUGCGGAUGGUCGA